GCACGUAUCCAAAACAUAGCGGCUGUCUAAUUAGAAAAGGGCGACGGACGGACGGCAGACCAUCAGGACAUUGUCCGGAGAGAAAAGGGAAAAAAUCGAGCCCCUUGGAAGUUAUUAGCCUUAUCGGAAAAAACGGGAGUGAAAAUAUGGAUCGAGUGCAGUGAAUGACCCGAUAAACAUUAGUCUAUUCGCCGGGAGGUCCGUAUGUGCACUGAAUACAUCGAUUGAGGAAGGAUUUUGCUGUGGUCAGUGGAUUGCCAAACGCCAAAAUGAAUCUUCACGAGCCGGUCGAUAUGUUCAAUAAGACCAUGGGGGAUCUCACUCCCGAGGAAAGGAUGAGGGUCGAACACCUGAUGCUCCACGAGAAGCAUAAAGGACAUGAAUCCAUGCAUGCAGAGAUGGUUGUCAUCUUGCUGGUGACGCUCAUCAUAGCCCAGAUCGUACUAGUCGAAUGGAAGAAACGGCAUUACAAAUCAUACUCGCUGAUGACUUUACUGGCACUAUGGCUGAUACCUUUUGUACUGAGCUGCCGCAACCAGUAUUGGCGAUUUAUCUUCUUCUGGCUGAUAUUCAGCUGCAUCACGGCGUUAGUUAUGCGAAAAGCGAUGAGAAAACCUGUGGCUGGUACCACUCCGCGAUUGGUGUACAAGUGGUUCUAUUUCAUCUACAAACUCAGCUAUGGUUUGGGCAUUAUCGGCUAUAUCAUAAUGAUGUUCACUUUCUUCGGGUUGAACUUUGUCUUUAAUCAUGCACCGAAUGUGUGGAUGGACAUAGGACUGCUGUUCGUAUUCUAUGGGUUGUAUUACGGAGUACUCGGGCGUGAUGUGUCCGAGAUUUGUACCGAUAAGAUGGCUGCACACAUAGGGUACUAUACACCGAAAGGCAUUCCAACGCGCCAUCUGGAGCGUAAUGUAUGCGCUGUGUGCGGCAACCAACUGUUGACUGAAGUUAACGAAACGGGCGUUAUUGAAGAUACCUACAAGUUAUCUUGCGACCACGUAUUCCACGAGUUUUGUAUAAGGGGAUGGUGCAUUAUCGGGAAGAAACAAACUUGCCCGUACUGCAAGGAGAAGGUCGACCUCAAGAAGAUGUUCUGCAAUCCAUGGGAACGACCCCACGUGCUGUACGGUCAACUGCUCGAUUGGAUCCGAUGGCUGGUGGCGUGGCAGCCGCUCAUUUUGUUCAUCGUCCAAGGUAUCAACUGGGCACUAGGAUUAGAAUAGCAACUUGCCGCAGUGCUUCUGUUACGCCAUCACUCGCAACCAGCAGAGCAGCAAGUGGUUCCAUUUUCGUCUGUAUCUUCGUCGCCAUCAGCGUCAGUAUCUUUUCUUGUAGGAAGCAUCGACACCAAAACGCGCGUUCAACGUAAAAUAGUGUUUUAGAAAGCUAGUUCAUUGUUUAUCAACGGUUUGCAAGAAUACAUUUCCUAAUUUUGAUUGCUAAAUCGACUAUUUUGGUUGCACGACGCAUUUAUACAAACGAAUUGUAUUGAACCAGGCCUUGGUUUAAAUUGUUUGCUAAUAGCCGAGAAGAAGUGACAUUUGCGUAAGUGUGAAUAUUUCCAUUAUUUGUGAGAACAAAUACACCACUGCACAGCAAAUAUGUUUUUUAACAGUUCCUGGACUAGUGUUUAAUACAUUUUGA